AACUCAAGAUAUGAGCUACAGACAACAAGACAAAAAUUUAAGGUGAUAUUUCGACAUUAUUUCAAAGUCAUUGUCAAACCAAAAUAAACUAUUUACAAGCUUGCUAUCACAACAUAACAAAGUUAGUGCAUGAGUAAUUCGAGACAGUGACUAAUUGAGGGCGAUUGACAGGGCACAUGGUUCUUGUGUUUUGCAAUACAAGCUGAAAAGGUCUGUUGUGAUACAUAUAUUGCAGGCUUUGCGGACACAUUUAAAAAGCACACACUCGCAAAAUAUCAUGUCAAUAAAAGGUGAAGAUAAAAGUUAUUACGGUGGGGAUGUGUUGUCUUUAAACAAGGCAUUCAAAGUCCGGAAUAUUGAGGAAAAUCGCUUUGCCAAGUUUGAGGAGCGAGAAACCCGAAGCGUUCUGACAAUCGAAAUGAUAAAAUUUCUGUGCACUGGCAAAUAUCAGACGAUUUGGAAUGGAGUGGCAGUCAUGAAAAGCGCCGUCGACUUGGUUACUUUGCAAGAUUUGCUUGGCCGUGAAAAACCGGCGACAAUUAUCGAAUUUGGCAGUUAUGCAGGAGGAUGUGCCUUAUGGUAUGCCGACACAUUAAAAUGUUUUGGUGUGAAAUCCCACGUUUAUUCUCUCGACAUUACACCCGAAUACUUGCACGAAACAGCGAAAAAGAGAGAUGAGAUUACUUUCAUCACAGCUGAUGUCUCGAAAGAUAUGGAGAAGGUCCUCCCGGAGAAAAUGUUGAAGGAGUUACCACAUCCUUGGUUUAUCUCUGAAGAUUGUCAUGUUCGUCUGGAAAAAUCUCUGGGCCAUUUAGAGCCGUUCAUGAAACCUGGAGAUUACAUGCUAGUCGAGGAUACACACCCGUUAUCAAAUGCGAACUAUCCGGGUCAAGGUUCAACUUCAAGCGAUUUCGACGAAGCUGGUCUUGGAAAACACGACGAUUUGAGAAAUUUUUUGAAAGCUCGUCCUGGAAAAUUUCUCGUUGACUGCCAUUACACAGAUUUUUUUGGAUAUAAUGGUUCCCCGAUGAUGAACAGUUAUUUAAAGCGGGUCUAAUUUUUGUGUCGUUGAAGGGCAAAUAUAGCUACAUCCAAAUGAUCCAAUUAUUGAAUAAUAUUUGACUGAUUUUGAAUAAAAUGUACCGAGUAUACUCCGGCUAUACCAGACUCUGUGAAGUUCUGUUCGUAAGCAAAAAACUGCUGUGAGGACGCAUUUUACUUUUUUAUAAGCUUGGUUUAUCGUUUUCAAAGCCAUGAUUCAUUACAAUCGACAGUGAACGACAAUAAUAAUACCAUCGCAUUAAUUUCGAAAAGGAGUCGAUUUUGAAAGUGUAUAUUUGAUAAAUUAUAAAAAUGCCACUUCAAAAAUUCUGAAAUUUUGGGAUGAAAUUCUGAGAUGGAGCACUAGCUCUUGCAUACUCUUCUAAAAAAGGCUUGAAAAUUUAGAGUACAGCAGACCAAAUUCUUCCGUUUUUUCAGUGGGAUAAGAUUUUUUAUAAUGAUAUUAACUCGGGCCAUGACCUUGGGAAAUAUCAUCACUUCAGGAAUAUUUCGCAAAAUCCCUCUCACUCCAUGGUAAUAAAGACUAUAAAAUGAUAAAAACUCACCUUAUGAAGUUAUGAGUGUGGCAGGCUCUGCUUGUUAUACGAAACAAAUUUGUAUAGGGAAUAAUAUCGCUAUAUCGAACACUCUACUCGUAUAUGAUUCUAAACGCAAAUUUAGUAUAGUUUGUAUUUUAAGAAGAUAUAUAGUUUAGUUUACAUUGUACCGGAACAUGACGCCACAUUUACACUUUAGUCAUGCGACUUCCGCGAUUCGAACAACUUCAAAAUAUCUUCAAAGAAUCCCUUAUGCAUUGAUCUAGAAUAUCAUGCAUGCAAAGAAAGAAAAAGUCCAUUGUAUAUGGGAAGAAGCGGAGUUAUUCCGCAUUUUGUACGUCAGAUACCCAUGCAGGUAUUCCCAUUUAUUCUAUACCCAGGUAUUCUAAAUGUUUUUGUAUACACCCUGUACGUAUAGAUAUAUUAAUUUCGAGAAAUAAUUCCGAAAAAUAACUUAAUUAGCCUAAUUCAAUUUUAUACGGUCGCGCGAGCGAAUUUUUCCCAAACGUUCACCAUCACGAAUAGACAAUGUUGAGUAGCCAAUCAGAAUGUAGGAUUUGUAUACUAAAACAAAGUUAGUGCAUGCGUAAUUCGAGACAGUCUCUAGUGACUAAGGAGAGACAACAACAACGGGGGACUGAUGGAGUAUUAUUAGUAUAAAAUAUAGAGCGAUUGAGAGCCGGUUAGGAAAGAGACGGACAAAUAAAAGUUAUUAAACAGCGCAUAGUUCUUGUGUCUUACAAGCUGAAAAGGACUAUUGUGAUACGUCAUAUACUGCAGGCUUUGCGGACACAUUUAAAAAGCACACACUCGCAAAAUAUCAUGUCAAUAAAAGGCGAAGAUGAAAGUUAUUACGGUGGGGAUGUGUUGUCUUUAAACAAGGCAUUCAAAGUCCGGAAUAUUGAGGAAAAUCGCUUCGCCAAGUUUGAGGAGCGAGAAACCCGAAGCAUUCUGACAAUCGAAAUUAAUAAAUUUCUGUGCACUGGUAAGUUUCGGACGACGUGGAAUGGAGUAGAAGUUAUGAAAAGCGCCGUCGACUUGGUUACUUUGCAAGACUUGCUUGGUCGUGAAAAACCCGCGACAGUCAUCGAAUUUGGCAGCUAUGCAGGAGGAUGUGCCUUAUGGUAUGCCGACACAUUAAAAUGUUUUGGUGUGAAGAGCCACGUUUAUUCUCUCGACAUUACAUCCGAAUGCUUGCACGAAACAGCGAAAAAGAGAGAUGACAUUACUUUCAUCACAGCUGAUGUCUCGAAGGAUGUGGAGAAGGUCCUCCCGGAGAAAAUGUUGAAGGAGUUACCACAUCCUUGGUUUAUCUCCGAAGAUUGUCAUGUUCGCCUGGAAAAAUCUCUGGGCCAUUUAGAGCCGUUCAUGAAACCUGGAGAUUACAUGCUAGUCGAGGAUACACACCCGCUAUCAAUUG